UUUUUUGUUUAUUUAUUUUAUUUUAUUAAUAUUUUCAUCUCACUGGCUUCAGCACACAUGCCUUCACCGCCCAGCUGAUUCUGUCUUUCAUCAUUAUUGUGUCCAGGUUACAUUAACCAGUGAGGUGGGGCAGUGGACACCGAGGACUUAUGAUGUGGUGAAUCACAAAGAUGUCAAAAGUCACUAAAAAGAAUCCCAGUGGGAAGAAGUCGUGGUCCAAGAAGAUGCAGCUCAAGCAGUGGCGGGGGGACGUCCUGGCAAAGAGUGCUGCAAUAGAAGCCAAGAAGCAGAAAAAGAAAGAAAGCUUGAAGGAGCGUCAGAGGAUCAACAUGAUACGGCAAGAGGAAAAUGCCAGAAAAUCAGAAGUUGUGCAAGUGAUUAAAGACCCAAGAAAGAUCAAGAAGAUGAAGAGGAAACAACUUCGGUACCUUGAGAUGCGGGAUACAACAAACAUGAAGCAUGUGUAGCCAAGGUUUUUGGUAACAUCAAUUCUGCAAGAUAAAGAAGUUAGGCAUACCUGUUUGGGGGGUUCUUCUUGGAAUGUGUAGAUUAUAAAAUAAAAUGCUUAUUUUCUUA